AUUUAUUCUGAAUUUUAUUUCUAAUCACAUGACCAAAGGAAACUGAAAUUCAGAGAUAAUUUGUGUUUAACGCUACAGAUUGCUUAAAAUUAAUUAACAAUGUCUUCAAAGGAUCGUAUCCCACUCUUUCCAUCUCGAGGAGCUCAGACUAUGAUGAAAGCUCGUCUUGCAGGAGCUCACAAAGGUCAUGGAUUACUUAAGAAGAAGGCUGAUGCUUUACAAAUGAGAUUCCGUUUGAUUUUAGGGAAAAUCAUUGAAACAAAGCAAAUCAUGGGUGAAGUAAUGAAGGAAGCUUCCUUCUCAUUAGCAGAGGCUAAAUUCGCAACAGGAGACUUUAAUCAAGUUGUUUUGCAAAAUGUCACAAAAGCUCAAAUCAAGAUUAGAACUAAAAAGGAUAACGUUGCUGGUGUACAACUUCCAAUUUUUGAGUCAUAUCAAGACGGUUCCGAUACUUAUGAAUUGGCUGGUUUAGCUCGCGGUGGUCAACAAUUGCAAAAAUUGAAGAAAAACUAUCAAGCUGCUAUUAAAGUGCUCGUUGAAUUAGCAUCACUUCAAACAUCUUUCGUCACUCUCGACGAAGUCAUCAAAGUCACCAAUAGAAGAGUCAACGCUAUCGAACACGUAAUCAUUCCAAGACUUGAUAGAACUUUGUCCUAUAUCAUUUCCGAACUUGAUGAAUACGAGAGAGAAGAAUUCUAUCGCUUAAAGAAAAUUCAGGAUAAAAAACGUAUUUCACGUAAGAAGGCUGAGAAGGCAAAAGAGGAAUUGUUGGCUCGAGGAAUCGAUGUUAGAGCUGUCAGCAAUAUGCUGGAAGAAGGUGACGAAGACAUCCUUUUCUAAAUUGAAAGCAUAAAUGAAGCGUAUUAUAAUUGUUGCCGCAAACACAAAAACGAAGAUAAUAUUGAUAAAAAUUCCUUUCUCUGUUGAUACAUAUUAUGCUUUAUAAAUUAAUAAUGAAUGUUGAUGAGUAUUCGAGUUUAGAUGAAGAAAUUAUAAAGUGAUGUUUAUCCAUUCUUUUUUUUUCCGGUCAGAACAUGAUUGUAAAUUAUAAAUACUAUAUAUGCAUGUGUUUCAUUAAGACAUACUAACUUAAAAAAAUGAUGAUGAUGAAUAAAUUAAACGAUAAUCAACUUAUAUUAAGCCA